AUGUCACAAGUUUUCAUCUAUUUCUCCAUUCUUAUGCCUGCGGGGUCCUGCAUUGUUAUUUCUAUGCUGCUGGGGACACUUUCAUAUAAUACACCUUUAACCCUCACUGCAAUGUGUCUGGAGCGCUAUGUGGCCAUAUGCAUGCCACUGAGACAUGGACAGAUUUGUACAGUCAAGAGGACCCUAAAUGUUAUUCUCAUCAUUUGGCUAAUUGGUUCGAUUCCUAGUUUCAGAGAUUUUAUUAUUGUUGUAGCAACAGAGGUCAAAACAUUUUAUUUUGAAAGAAACCUCUGCAACUAUGACUUGAUGAUGAGAAGUAGCUGGCAAUCGUAUAUGCGGUCAGUAAUGGCAAUGUUGUAUUUUGGGGUCAUGUUAGGCACGGUGGCUUUCACAUAUGUCAAAAUAAUGGAGGUGGCAAGAACUGUAUCUGCCGACAGUUCGGCCUCCAAAGCUCGAAACACAAUUCUCUUACACACCUUUCAGCUUAUGUUUUGUUUAGCUGUUUUAGUUUCCCCUUUCGUAGAAAUGGAAAUCUUCCGAAUAAACCAGAACAUUAUCUCACACAUAAGAAAAUGGUCUGUGACCCUGUCGUACCAAUUGGCCGUCUUUUCCAGGGACAUAACCAGUUUCCUCUCAAUGGCCAAGAGAGCAAGGUUUCUAAAACGACCUUGGCCCAUCGUGUUGCAGGUGUAUGACUUGACCCGUUUUAAACAGGAGAAGCUCCUCUCUACACCUGCUGAUGUAGCUCCAAUUGUUGCCACUAACAACAAGAGCUUGUAUAGCUGA